AUGCCGGCUAAGCGAAAGAGAAACAUUAUUUUCGAUUUUGAUCCGAACAAGUCGGACUCGGAAGACGAGAACUUUGAGCCUGGUGAGGACCGAGGAGAUCGCCCGCGCCGCUCGAAGAAGAAACAGCGCCCAGUCAAAGCAUCAAAGUCUGGCAGCCGUCGGCGAAACGACUACGCGGGAUCGGACAUUGACGAGGACGGUGACGAAGUUUCGGACGACAGCCUACAGGAGUCCUUUGCUGAAGACGACGAGGACGACGAGGACGACGAGCCUGUUACGAGUGCCACCGGCCGCCGGACAAGAAAGGCCGCCAUAAAGCACCAGAGCUACAAGGAGAGCAGUGAGGACUCGAACGAGGAGCCGACAGAAAGCGACAGCGGAGACUCUGACGCCUCGAAAGACGUGAAGCCCAAGCCGAAAAAGGCUGAAAGCGUUGGCCCGCAGACGCCACGGAAGUCACGGAUAAUUACACUGAAGAUGAAUUCGAAAAGCCUACGCGAUCGCGCGGCUGCUGCGACAAGCACAAUCACGACCCGACGCACACGGGCAACCACGGAAGAGGCAGACGAGCUGAUCGAGCUGUCAACGUCGGGUCGCCAUGCUCGGCCCGCAAGGACAGUGGCGAGCGUGAGCCCGGAAAGGCGCACUGCUGCCGGACGACCACGCCGAGCCUCCAAAGGGACGAAGAAACCGCCGGUGCCUGCUAUUGAAGAAGCUACUCAAGAAAGCAGUGAGCCUGGCCUUGGGGGUGAUGAAGGUAGAACAGAGAUCUUCGCAGGUGGCGAUGGCGUUGACGAGAGUACUUUGCGUGAUUCAGUCUCACUGCACAGCCGCCUGCAGAGCUUGGACGCGACUUCUGGCGCGGCGCGUAUUACCAUCAGCGAGUUGGCCGAGAGUAAAAUUGAGGUUGGGGACAGUGCUGAAGGCGACGAUGACAACACCGUUGAUAAAGAAGCUCACGAGGACAUACCGGAAGACGUUGCCAUGGCUGAUGAUGUCGCUGGAGAGGAGGAUGACGAAGACGACAUACCUGUUGGCAGACGCACGCGACAAACUCGCUCAGCGGCUGCUGCUGCUCCCGUCGAUGACGUUGGUGCUCCUGCAGGAGAGGAGGAGCUGGCAGACGAUAUCAAAGCUGACGCCGAUGCUGAUGCUGAUGCUGAUGCCGAUGCCGAUGCCGAUGUCGAUGCUGAUGUCGAUGUCAGCAACGCUGUUGGACGACGACUGACUCGCGGAUCGCGUCUCCGCAAAGCCAAAUCUUUGAAGGAGCCUAGUAGCGACUUCGAGCCCGUGGAUGACGAAGAGUCUGGGGAUGGAGCAGCCUUUGACUCCGACGCAUCCAAGCACAACAGCGGCCACAACGGAGACGACGAUUCCAGCCAAAACUCGCGAGGCCGACGACGGUCAACGCGGAUCAAGUCUGGCACGAAGCGGACUCGCGGUGCGGUCACGGACGACGAAGACGACGUCGACAGGGAUGAAGUGGCCAUGGAAGCAGAGGAGCUUCGUGCGAGCUCCCAUUCGCGGCCGCGGCGGCGAAGGCAGUCCCCGUCGAUCGUUUAUGAAGCGACAUCGCGUCGGCGGACCACCAAGGUGGUCGACUACAGCAUCAAGCCGCUCGACCAGUACCCCAUUGAGCAAGAAGAGGAAGACGAGCCGACACAGACACCGGCACGCAGGCGUAAUGGCCGUGGUGGAGGUGCCGCCUCGUUGUGGCAGCGCAACCUGCUCUCGACGUUCGGUCCUUUUGGCGGCGGUGGUGGCGACGGUUCGCUCAUCGGCGGUCCCUGGGGCACCGGGGCAGCGGGAGGUGUGGAUUCGGACAGCAGCGACGACGAGAUGAUAACGCGUACUGGCCUGUCCGGCGCCAUUGGCGGCAAUGUCGGGAUGACACCGACGACAGGUACGGCGCCAUCGGGCUUCGCGGCUCCCCUUAAUCUCGAGUCUAUCACGGGCGUCUCGGCAAACACCAACGUCGGCAAGGUUAAGAACCACAAGGCGCUUGCCGAUGCGGAUCCACUGGGCGUUGACAUGAACGUGGACUUUAGCAAGGUGGGUGGCCUUCAGGGCCACAUCAAUCAGCUGAAGGAGAUGGUCACAUUGCCGCUGCUGUACCCGGAGCUCUUUCUGCGCUUCAAGGUUACGCCGCCUCGUGGCGUCCUGUUCCACGGUCCUCCGGGCACAGGGAAGACGCUUCUUGCACGUGCGCUGGCCAACUCGGUGGGCGUUGGCGGCCGCAAGAUCACGUUUUACAUGCGCAAGGGAGCGGACGCUCUGAGCAAGUGGGUGGGUGAGGCCGAGAAGCAGCUCCGACUGCUAUUUGAAGAGGCUCGACGAACGCAGCCAAGCAUCAUCUUCUUCGACGAGAUCGACGGCCUGGCACCGGUGCGGUCCAGCAAGCAGGAGCAGAUCCACGCGUCCAUCGUGUCGACGCUUCUGGCCCUGAUGGACGGUAUGGACGGUCGUGGCCAGGUGAUCGUGAUCGGGGCCACCAACCGGCCAGACAACAUCGACCCGGCACUGCGUCGGCCAGGCCGCUUUGACCGCGAAUUUUACUUUCCCCUCCCCGACCUGGAAGGCCGGCGAUCGAUCAUCGACAUCCACACCAAAGACUGGGGCUUGACGGACGACUUCAAGGGCAUGCUGGCUGAGAACUCCAAGGGCUACGGCGGAGCCGAUCUGCGAGCACUUUGCACCGAAGCGGCACUAAACGCGAUCCAGCGGACAUACCCACAGAUCUACUCGGCGCAGGACAAGCUGAUUGUCAACCCAGAGCGGAUCUUUAUCCACGCAACGGACUUUACGCUCUCGAUGAGCCGGAUGAUCCCGUCGUCUGAACGGUCGGCCACGCCGGCAUGGGCGCCCCUGCCCAAGCCUGUGGCGCCUCUUCUCAGCGACCAGCUCUCGACGAUCCAGGCGCUGUUGGACGACAUCAUGCCGAGGCGGAAGAAGACGACGGCGUUGGAGGAGGCCAUGUUCGAGCCGCUGCAGGACGCCGACCACGGGUUCGGGCGCGAGAACAUGAUUCAGGCAUUUGAGCGGUCGCGCACCUUUCGGCCUCGGCUCAUGCUCACCGGCAUGGCUGGCAUGGGCCAAGGAUAUCUGGCGGCGGCGAUCCUGCAUAAUUUCGAAGGCGUCCACAUCCAGAGCUUUGACCUGCCGGUUCUACUGGGCGACGGACGACCGCUGGAACAGGUGAUCGUGGGGCUGUUUGUGGAAGUCAAGCGCCACAAGCCGGCUGUGAUUUAUAUUCCCAACAUUGAUGUCUGGCACAACAGCAUCACGGAGUCGGCGUAUGUGACGUUUACGACGAUGCUCAAAUCCAUACCGCCCAACGACCCCGUUCUCGUCCUGGCGACAUGCGAGUGUGAAGAGGCAGAAAUUCCACGCUCUGUCCUGCGCGACCUAUUUGGCUACUCGUCGAAGAACCGGUUCCGUCUGGAGAAGCCGACUCGGGAGAGCCGGCGCAACUACUUUAUCAGCUUCGUGGAACACGCAUCGCGAAACCCGAGCGAGUUCCCGGACCCGGCCAACCGGAAAAAGAGAGUGCUAGAAGAGCUACCGAUUGCGCCACCACCUCCACCAAAAGUCAAGACGAAGGAGGAGAUUCGCGAAGAGCUGCGCAGGGACCACCUGCUGCUGAACCUGCUCAAGGUGCAGCUGCAGCCGAUCAUGGACCAGAUCAAGAAGUACAAGAAGUUCCGGCAGCCUGUCAUCCCGGAAAGCCAGAUCUCGUACCUGUGGCAGGAGGCCGACCCCAGCUAUGUUCAGCCGGAUAUUGCCAGCGAGCAGCCGCGACCGUUUGUGAUUACGAGGAACAAAGAGGGCGCAGUGGGCCUCUGGGAAAGGGAAACCAACAAGUUUUACUACAACCUGGACCUGUCGACGAUCGAGGAGCGGCUGUCCAACGGAUUCUACGCACGGCCCAAGGACUUUUACGAGGAUGUCGUGUCUCUGGCAAAGGAUGCCAGGAACAUUGGCGACAAGGAGCGGCUGCUCAAAGCAAACGAGCUGGUGACCAACGUGGAGGUGGACGUUGCCGAGGCCGAAGCCCGACUGUCGCAGGUCAAUUGGGAGGAGCUCUACCAGCGACAGCUGAAGCGGGCGCGGGAUGCUGAAGCGAAGGCGGCGAAGCGGAAGGCCGGGCUGGCGAUAGUCGGUGCCGUGGGUGUUGGAGGAGGCACGGACGAGGCAGCGAUCCGGCCCAUCGGCUCAGACAUUGUGCCGGCGGCAGGAGGCGACGAUGAGCUGGGCCAACAUGUUCAGGCGCAACAACAGGCGCGGUUCCAGCUCAAGCCAGACAUUGGGUUUGAGUCGUUGCCGUCGACGCCGAACGGGAAUUCACACCUCGGAAGCAAUGGGACGUCGGUGCCUUCUGGGCGGCUGACAAACGGAGACGAAGACGUGUCGAUGACGGGAGCAGACUUGGACGACAGCCCACAACAGGAUGCGCCCAGCACACCGUUGGGACAGCAGUGGGCCAGAUCGACGGGUCCGCCGGCAAUGCUGGAUGCUUCGACACGGGCGACGGCUGGCAACACGCAGGUAUCGCAGAUGUCGGUGCUGACGGGCAUGCCGUCGGGUAUGUCACCGUCUGCAAUGCUGAACGAAGCGUCGACGACCAAGUCGUCUGGGCCGUGGAGCACGCAAGCCACCAACGGAACGCACGGGACGGGAGCCAGCAGCGGUGGAGGAGGGCAUGGAUCUGUGGGAUUGGGAGUGGGAGUGGCUGUCGGUGCCGACAAUGCAGAAGGGUCUCAGAUCCCGGACACACAGUCGGUAUUUGGUUCGCUGCCAAGCCAAGCGGCGUCGAGUAACGAGUGGGUGCACUCGCAGUGGCACGAGGUGUCCAAGGCCGAGUUUGAGGGCAGCAAUGGAAAGGGGCUGUCGGGCAGCGGACCAUCGCCAACGACGUCGCAGCAGUCAGCGGUACAGCCUCUGGGCCCACCGCCGGUGCCGUCACAGAACGCAGCGCCGCGGCAGAACAGCGGCAGCCGGCUGUCAUCGCAGGCAUUUCCGAUCAGCGCACCCGAUGCCCAUCUGGACUCGAUCCUGGACACGAUUCUGGACCGGACAUCUGGCUGCACGGUGGAUCAGCUGGAGCAGAUCAGCCGGGAGAUCAUGGACUACAUCUGGACGACACGCCACGAGCGGAACCGGUCGCGGGUGAUCAGUAACCUGAGCAAGGUGUUCAAUCGCACGAUUGCCGACAUGGAGGCGAUCCAGGGUCUGAACUCGUCCUUUAGCCAGGAGCAGUAG